UGCUGGUCACUCCCUCCGCGCUGUCAGCAGCUCUCACUUCUCUCACUCCGCCGUUCAAACUGAGCUGCCGUACAGAACUAUUUGCCUCCGUCUCUCCCAGUUUCGAGGUUAAAGGGCAAACGGUAUUUAGUAAUGUAUUAGUGCGGGUCGUACUGCGGCUCUCGUCGGGAGGAAUUAGCUUGUAUUUCGUCACCGAAGUUAAAAGCAGCGGGAGGAAAAUGUCCAGCUGAGGCGUUGAAAUCCUGAAAAGCGCAGGGCCUGUUUUGUAAUGAUUUAUCAACGCUCCGACAAUGGCAAACAAGGCACAGGUUUUGUAUGACUUCACCGCUGAGCCUGGAAACAACGAGUUGACGGUGAAAGAAGGCGAGACAAUCACCAUCACCAACCAGCAUAUUGGAGGCGGCUGGAUCGAAGCACAGAAUUCCAGAGGGGAAGUUGGACUGGUGCCAGAGGACUACAUCGAGCUCAGCAAGGCGUUUCCGUCAUUCUCAGGACCAGGAACCACAACAGCUGCUCCAAGUGUAGGAAAUGCAGCACCUCCUGAUUUGUCCUUCUUUGAUGCCUUCGCCCCCACAUCAGCACCUCCACAAAACCAGGUUGACACUGGGGACUUGAGUCCCCAGCCGGACACCCCCGACACCCCAGUGUCCCCCUACCUCCCGUCCCCUCAUGAGGCCAGUAAUGGUAAUGAUCCCUGGUCGGUGUGGAACACAGAUGCCACGGGGGGCUCAUCCAACAACUGGGCGUCCAAGCCAGAGGGAACCCAGACGGGGAAGAGUGCGGCGGCUGACCCCUGGAGCUCUGCAGCACAGGGCCACCCUCAGGCUUACCAGGGCCCAGGAGCAGAAGACGAUGAGUGGGAUGAUGAGUGGGAUGAUGUUAAGUCCUCUGGAGGUUACGCUGAGUCAGAGUCUGGAGAGAGUGGAGCCAUGCAGAGAGGCGGAGCUCACGGCUCUUCCAUGAAAAUCUCCCUCAACAAAUUCCCUGGUUUCUCCAAGUCUGGUCCAGAGCUCUACCUCCUAUGCAAGCAGCUUGUUAAAGGCAAAGACAAGCUACCAAUCUAUAUGGGGGAAGUUGGUCCUGUGUGGUCCUAUCCAGAAACCCAGUUGGACUGCGUGGUUGCUGACCCUAAGAAGGGCUCCAAGAUGUAUGGUCUGAAGAGCUACAUCGAGUACCAAAUCACACCCAGCACCACAAACAGACCAGUCAAUCACAGAUACAAGCACUUUGAUUGGUUGUAUGAGAGGCUCCUGGAUAAAUUUGGGUCGGCCAUCCCUAUCCCCUCUUUACCAGACAAGCAGGUGACAGGGCGUUUUGAAGAAGAGUUUAUUAAGAUGCGUAUGGAGCGGUUGCAGGGCUGGAUGACCAGGAUGUGCAGGCACCCGGUUGUCUCCAACAGUGACGUAUUCCAGCUCUUCCUCACCUACAAGGAUGAGAAGGACUGGAAGACGGGGAAGAGAAAAGCAGAGAAGGACGAGACAGUGGGAGUGAUGAUCUUCUCCACUAUAGAGCCUGAGGCUCCAGACCUGGACCCUAUAGAAGUGGAACAGAAAUGUGAGCAGUUCAGCAGGUUUACCAGAGCCAUGGAUGAUGGGGUAAAGGAAAUCCUCACAGUGGGCCAGGAGCACUGGAAGAGAUGUACAGGCCCUUUGCCAAAAGAGUACCAGAGAAUCGGCAAAGCCUUUCAGAACCUGUCCUCUGUAUUCAACAGCAGUGGCUAUCAAGGAGAAUCCACCCUGACUGAUGCCAUGACAGCAGCAGGAAAAACCUACGAAGAGAUCGCUCAGAUGGUGGCAGAGCAGCCCAAAAAAGACCUCCACUUCCUCAUGGAGACCAACAACGAAUACAAGGGCCUUCUUGGAUGCUUCCCUGACACCAUCGGAGUCCAUAAGGCAGCCAUAGAGAAAGUGAAGGAGGGCGACAAGCUGGUAGCCACCAGUAAAAUCUCCCCUCAGGAGAAAGUAACCAUGGCUAAACGAGUCAGCAUCAUGUCAUAUGCACUACAAGCUGAGAUGAACCACUUCCAUAGCAACCGUAUCUAUGACUACAACAGAGUCAUGCAGUUGUACCUGGAGGAGCAAGUCAAGUUUUAUGAGACGAUUGCUGCGAAGCUGAGACAAGCCCACAGUCAGUUCACCACCAUGUAAAAGCAACGACCGGCAGUCUCAAGCCAGCAGACAAGAUGAAUUAAGCCAGCUCAAUAUCCAAAAUAACCUUGCUAUGUCUCUGUACAUGGACCUGAGUUUCAGUGGCUAGCUUGAUGUUAGCUUGCUAACAGCAGGCUACCUUUGUAACCUAACGCCCUGGAACUGAGCUAUUCCCUCCCUUGAACUCAGAUCUCUUCUCUCUCUCUCUCUCUCUCUCUCACUCUCUCAUUCAGGGCCACAGUCUCAGUUAUUAUCUACUGACACAUUCAUCAGCUGCUCCUGGAGGCUUCAAACACUUUAUAAACACACACAGCUGAAACAAGCACACAAACACACUCGUAAUCAGAGGGCCAGCAAUGAUAGUUGAGUAACAUAUUUUAUGUACACACCACUUCCUUUGUCCAAUGUCAGCAAGACAAAGGAAGGAAAUAUAAGCCACAGCUUGCAGGCAUGUGUUAACGUUGCUGUCAUGCAAGGCUUUAACAUGAUUCAGAUCCUGUUUCUGCAGGUUACUGCAGUUACUCAAACUGUGUAGGCCUAAUGUCACAUUGCAUCCCCUUAUUUUAGCAAUCUGACAAACUUGAGAGAGUCGACAAAGAGAGAGAGAGUGAGAGUGAGUGUGUGUGUGUGUGUGUCUUCUUGCCUGUGAGUGUAUCCAAACACUGCUGGCAGUGCCUUGCCCCUUUCAUCCUACACUUCCCGUCGUCACUAACAGGAAGCUCCACCCCCUUCCGAUCAGUGUGCCUUGUCCUGGGGAAAAUGGAAACGCUUGGCUUGGUUUCCCCUCAGUCUGUGUAUCAUGACACUGCAGUUUACAUUUGAGUAAAAACAAAACAAAAAAUGCUAAUGCUUAGAAAUGUGGAAUAUACUUGUUAAAGCCCAAAUGAGGACGUACUCAUGUUGGGUUUUCAUUUGUUUAUGCACAUUGAAGCCAAAAGUCAGCGAACCAAUACCUCCCGUGAGUUAGUGCCAAACACAUUCGCUCUGUCCCAGUGCUUCCAAACUAGCGCCUUGUGUACUUUUUCAUCCAAAUCAUGAAGUUUUAUAUGAAGGAGUCCAUAGCAGCACUGUCAAAAAGCGCAACACAGAGGAGGCUGGUCUAGGGUUUGGGACAGAGCCAUGAAUGAUGUCUUCUAGUUUUGCUUUUGCUUUUCACAGCCCGAUUUUCAAUCAGUCUCUAAUCUUGUUCACUCUUUGUUUUCUUAUCAUUUGAUAAAUACAAAUAUAUAUUAUAUCAGAUCUAUCAUGUGCUUUUUGGUUGUUGAGAUACUAUUUUAUGUAUAGAAAUAUUUGCAAUACAAUGUUACUCAAAGAGAAGCAUAAAUUCUGUUUGAUUUAUUAAACACUGAUUUGUACUCAU